ACCGGGUACGAACCGACCGACGACACACAAAUCGACCAACGGCCCGCUGUGAGUUGGGCCAGUCAGGCGCCUGGACAGGUCCUCACGUCGUACUUUGCCGACCACCCCCAAAACACUGGCAUCGCGAUGAUGUGUACUCGGGACCCAAGCACCAGCAAGCCACUGGUCACCCAGCUGGAAUACACAUAGCUGCCGGACGAGGGCAAGACCUACUUCGACGCCAGCAAUGUCGAGGGAGAGCCUUUCGCAGACGAAGGGUUCAGUAUGACGGUGGAUGACCCCGAGACGCCACUGUUGAGUGCUUGUUACGGUGCGCAUUGUGCUGCGGGCGAUACCGACUGUAACCAGGUAUGUGAGAAGUCGAACGACGACUUCCAG